AUCUGGAUCUCCUUGGAGAAAACUAUUCUUCUGCAGGAAAUUGCACGUCUAUUUUCCUCCUGCUGGGAAUGACAUCUAUUCCCUUGAUGCGGUUUUUACUGUUAAAGGAGUAUCUUAAUCUCAUAGUUUACACCUCAGAGACAAUUUAAGUGUAAGUGAAUCCCACAGUCAUGAUGCCUGGGGGAGGAUGUAGUUCUCAUGAUGCCAACCAGAGCAUGAUGCUCCCUGACAGGUAGCCAUAAAUCUUUGGAAAUGAUGUAACUGGUGAACUUUAUCAAUCAUGGAAUGAUAGAACCAUAGACUAUCCUGAGUUGGAAGGGACCCAUAGGAAUCAUCAAAGCCCAGCUCCUGACACUGAAGUCCAACUUUAGCUGCAUGUUGUGAUCCACCACGAAAUAAAACACUGUGGUUUUACAAAUGAUCAUCACAAAUUCCCACAUCACACAUUCAUGCCCUGUCCCUGAUGCAAAUACUUAUAAAUACCGGCCUUCUGCUGACUGGAGCAUUUCCUAAGGAGGAUUACCCCAGCCUGGAAGUUUACAAACAGGCUGGGCAGUGUGUGUAACCUGUCCUACCUCUGCACACAGCAGCCUUGGCAAAACACCUGCCCUAUCUGCUGCCCGGGAUGUGGCACCGCCGACGCUCCUCCCGCAACAAUCUUGCAGAGGGCGGAGGAAAACCUCAACCUGCUCUUCAGGUGCUGUCACACACACACACAUAUCGAGUUCACUCGUGUCCCAGGCACGGCGUCAAACACAGCCAGGCUCCCCCAGCAGGGUUUUACGGGCAGCACCCUGCCGUGGCUCCCAGGGUGUGCAGCCUCCUCCGGCACCGCCGGCCGAAGGCGUGACUUGGCGGCAGGUGAAGGUGCCUCUCCCUGCAGGUAACUCCAGCCCUGAGCUCACAGGGGAAUUGGAGCCAGCACUUCCAGCAGCCGGUGGCCCCAUCCCGGUGGCCCUGGGGCACUUCCCACUGCAGCGCAGAGAAGAUGGGAGAAGGGAUUUUCACCAAACUCUUCCAGAAAAGGUCAUUUUUCCGCUUCGUGCAGAAGUAUCAGCCCCUUGGAAGCGGAGAGCCGGAAGAGGAGCCCCGGGAGGACUGUGAACUGAAAAUAAUUGAGCAGGAGAAGGAGGUGACAGUUGUGCCCCCGAAAGAUGCCUGUAAAUGCCACAAGGAAGACUUGGCAAGAGCUCUGAACGUUGAUUUACAGACUGGACUGUCUGAGUUUUCCGUGCUCCAGCGCAGGUUAAAACACGGCUGGAAUGAAUUUUCAGUCGAGAAGAAGGAGCCGAUAUGGAAGAAAUAUCUGGACCAGUUCAAAAGCCCCCUCAUCCUCCUGCUGCUGGCCUCAGCUCUGGUGAGUGUCAUCACAAAGGAAUACGAGGAUGCAGCGAGCAUCACCAUGGCCGUGCUCAUCGUGGUCACUGUGGCCUUCAUCCAGGAAUAUCGCUCGGAACAAUCUCUGGAAGAACUCAACAAGCUGGUGCCCCCCGAGUGCAACUGCCUAAGGGAAGGGAAACUGCAGCAUCUUCUAGCACGAGAGCUGGUGCCUGGAGAUAUCAUCUACCUGUCUGUUGGAGACAGGGUUCCUGCAGACCUCAGGCUGAUAGAGGUUACAGAUCUACUGGUGGAUGAAUCCAGUUUUACUGGAGAAGCUGAGCCUUGCAACAAGACUGACACUGUGUUGCUGGAAGCUGGAGACUUAACCACACUGAGCAAUGUUGUGUUCAUGGGGACCCUGGUGCAGUACGGGAAGGGAAAAGGUGUAGUUAUUGGCACAGGUGAAAGUUCCCAGUUUGGCGAGGUGUUCAAAAUGAUGCAAGCUGAAGAGACUCCCAAGACACCUCUCCAGAAAAACAUGGACAGACUGGGGAAGCAGCUCAGCCUGUUCUCCUUUGGCAUAAUUGGUCUGAUAAUGCUCAUUGGGUGGUUGCAAGGGAAGCAUCUCCUCAGCAUGUUCACCAUUGGAGUCAGCCUGGCCGUGGCUGCCAUCCCUGAGGGCCUUCCCAUCGUGGUCACAGUCACUCUGGUGCUGGGAGUUCUCCGGAUGGCCCAGAAAAAGGUCAUUGUGAAGAAGCUGCCCAUAGUAGAAACCUUAGGUUGCUGCAAUGUCAUCUGCUCGGAUAAGACGGGCACCCUGACGGCCAACGAGAUGACGGUGACCCGGCUGGUGACCUCGGAUGGCUUCCAGGCAGAGGUCAGCGGGGUGGGCUACAAUGGAGAAGGAAAUGUUUAUCUUCUGCCAACAAAGGAGAUCCUUAAGGAAUUUUCCAACGUCUCCAUUGGGAAGCUAGUGGAGGCUGGCUGUGUGGUCAAUAAUGCUGUUAUCAGGAAAAACAGUGUGAUAGGACAACCCACAGAAGGAGCUCUCAUUGCCCUGGCAAUGAAGAUGGAAUUAGCUGACAUAAAAGACAUUUAUGUAAGAAAGAAGGAAAUUCCAUUUAGCUCUGAACAGAAGUGGAUGGCUGUGAAAUGCACACUGAAAAAUCAGGACCAGGAAGAUAUUUACUUUAUGAAAGGAGCAUUUGAAGAAGUUAUUCAGUACUGCACUCUGUACAACAGUGGUGGCAUCUCACUGUCACUCACCCCCCAGCAGAAAGCUGCCUACCAGCAGGAAGAGAAGCGAAUGGGCUCCUCAGGACUUCGAGUACUUGCUUUGGCUUCAGGUCCAGAACUUGGCAAACUAACAUUUUUAGGUCUGGUUGGAAUAAUUGAUCCCCCGAGGGCUGGAGUGAGAGAAGCUGUUCAAGUCCUUUUUGAGUCUGGUGUGUCAGUGAAGAUGAUAACUGGAGAUGCCCUGGAAACAGCUGUGGCUAUAGGACAGAAUAUUGGUCUCUGCAAUGGGAAGCUGAAAGCUAUGUCUGGGGAAGAGCUGGACCAACUGGAAGAGGCAGAGCUGUCAUCCACUGUCCAAAAUGUUUCCAUUUUUUUCAGAACAAGUCCAAAGCACAAACUAAAAAUAAUAAAGGCUUUGCAGAGGGCUGGUGCUGUGGUGUCCAUGACAGGAGAUGGGGUCAACGAUGCCGUGGCCCUGAAAUCCGCGGAUAUCGGGAUCGCGAUGGGACAGGCCGGCACGGACGUGAGCAAAGAGGCUGCCAACAUGAUCCUCGUGGACGAUGACUUCUCAAAAGUAAUGAAUGCAAUAGAAGAGGGAAAGGGAAUAUUUUACAACAUAAAAAACUUUGUCCGGUUCCAGCUGAGCACGAGUAUCUCAGCUUUGAGCCUAGUUACUCUGUCAACAGUGCUCAACCUACCAAAUCCGCUCAAUGCUAUGCAGAUCUUAUGGAUCAACAUCAUCAUGGAUGGGCCGCCAGCCCAGAGCUUGGGAGUUGAACCUGUUGACAGGGACACCAUCAAACAGCCCCCCCGGUGUAUCACAGACACCAUACUCAGCAAAUCACUGAUCCUGAAAAUCUUCAUGUCAGCUCUCAUUAUCAUCAGUGGAACCCUCUUUGUCUUCUGGAAGGAGAACCCAAAAGGUGGCAUAACUCCUCGAACCACAACGAUGACUUUUACCUGUUUUGUGUUUUUUGACCUCUUCAAUGCCCUGACAUGUCGCUCUCAGACAAAGUUGAUACUUGAAAUUGGCUUUUUUCGGAACCGCAUGUUCCUGUAUUCCGUGCUUGGAUCAUUUUUGGGACAGCUGGCUGUUAUAUACAUCCCUCCACUACAGAAGAUCUUCCAGACAGAGAAUUUAGGAGUGUUAGACCUGCUGUUCCUCACUGGACUGGCUUCCUCAGUGUUCGUGGUGUCCGAGCUCGUCAAACUGUGUGAACGACGCUGCUGCCGCCCGGGGCACACAAAGGGAUGUCACACCUGACUCAGACCUCCUCUAAAACACUCUUGGAACAGAGCUGUGAUGCUGGAUAAUCCAAAUGCAUCUCUUUCUGCUCCACACAUCCUUCCUGAAGAUACCCACGUGCAUCUGUACCAACAGUCUCCUCUACACGCCCCACCUGAGCUGUUCUACAGAAACCUCUGCAGCAGCUCCGGUUUCAAACCAAGAGCAGGUAUAUUUUUAUAACAUAUGUCAAGAAGGCUGUGAUAGUCCCAGACAAAAUAAGAGUUUCACACCUGUACAGAAAAAUAUAUUGUGCAUAAACUGAAAUUUUAUUUAUUUAAAUCAAAGUCAUUUUUAUUAAUAAAAUCUACAUUUUUAAAUGUUA